AUGGAACGUUCUUCACUUCAGCUCUCCUUGGAAACACAACAGACAAUGCAAGGUAUGCGAAGAUGUAACAAUUUUAGUGACUCUUUUUAACUUGCCUUUUCACGCCGGUAUUUAACACGUGAAGUCAAUGAACGGUCUCAAAAAUAUUUUUACGUUGAAUUUCCUCUUUCUGUGAUGCACCGCAAACAAUUAAGCUAAUUUCCUUUUAACUAGAUGGGAAGCAACGUGUGGAGAAAUGUAUCUAGUUUUGAAAGGAUGAACUUUAAGGCGUGUUGCAUGCUGGCAUCAUAUUCUUGUUUUGAUUCUCGCCCGCUCGAAAUAUCGACGCAAAGUGUGAUAAGAGCGUUGUUUAAAAAAAACAAGGCUCGCAUUUAGGGCCAACGAAGCUCAUUCGAGGCUAUUAAAAAAAAUCGCAAAAAGGCUGCAAAAUUUUUUGACUUCUUUUGUUGUCAGGGAUGCGCGAUUUGUUCGCGAUUACGACGCGGUUUUUCAUUCGCACUGAUUUCGCAUGGCCACUAGUUGAUCGAAUGAAGUCGCAAGCACUUCUCAGAGAGCAAUAAGCCAGAUUUGUCCUCAUCAACAUCUUACCUUUCAUCUACGGAGCCUUUCUGCAGAAACAAAGCGCGGUUUCUAGGAAGGUGAUUGGCUCACUUCGGCUCUUGUUGAGAAAUUUUUUCCAAAUUAGCGCUGGUUAGCCACUGAAUAAAGCUACUGAAUUCGUCCUCUUUCAGCCUUAGAUCGCAAGCCCAUCAUCCUGUGCCGGGUCUGCGGGGACAGAUCUUCUGGAAAACACUACGGGGUUUUCACCUGCGACGGAUGCCGAGGUUUUUUCAAGAGAAGUAUCCGUCGUAAUUUAACAUAUCAGUGCAAGGAAAGAGGCAACUGUACUGUGGAUGUAACGCGACGAAAUCAAUGCCAGGCUUGCAGGUUAAAGAAGUGCUUUGAAGUUAAGAUGAACAAAGACGGUAAGCGAACAAAGUUCAACACUAUUUCUUGACUUAUUACGGUUCUUGACCGUCUUGUAAAAUUUGGCCAUCGAUUCUGCAAACGCCGGAAAUUCGACUAAGCUGUUUUGGGUUUGCGUGUCUUGGUAAAAUCGCUGAGGCGUGCAAGCACGAUGCAGAAGUUUUUAUUGGGACGCAAAACUGAGCGUACAAACUGCGAAGGUUUAAAAUCUAUUUAAAGUUCUCUAAAUGAAGCAUAAUCGAGAACUAAUGAUCUCUCUUUGUAUCCGAAAAUCUAAUUUGAAUUAUUUUGAGGAAUUUAACCGGACUUCUAACUACGAAUGGCGAUCAGUGCUCGGCAAAUCUCACCCGCGUUUAAAUUAAUUGUUUACUAAGAAGAAAACCGUUUAAUUAUUUCUCGUUUUAUCUACUUCUCCGUGGAAAUGCUGUUAAGAAAAUUAAUUUACUGCGAAAGAAAAAGGUAAACUUGGAAAUUUAUUUUCACGCCCAAACGCAUCAGCUGGACAUCACGGAUAAAUUUAUCAAUUUCAUCACAAGGCUUGUGAUUGUGUUCUUUAUUACCUUAGGGAACUCAUUUAGCGCCCAGGCGCUGAUAUCAUAAGGUAGAAAAAAAUAUGGAUGGAUCAAACAAACGAAGUUACAAAAUGUUGAGUCUACUCAAUAAUUCUACGAUCGAGUUUAGAAGAAAUAAAUCGUUCUCCGCUCAGCUCGAGAACGAAGUUCCGAUCAUUGCGCCAAAGGAAACAUCUGCAUUUCAACAGUUCAAACUAUAGAGAGCGGGUCUCAUUUAUUAUUAAUGAAAUCUUAAUUGCAGAUCUUUCCCUUUUUCCCUUUAGAACUAUACUCGCUAAUGAAAAUGUAUCGAAUUGCGUUUGAGUUCUGCUCUCUUUUUUCAAGUCCUUUGGCAUGGCACUAUUUUGAGCCGGAGUUCACUUUGGAAUUCCUUGCUUUAUAACUGAUGGCUGCGGCCGAUAGGCAGGUAUCAAAACAUUUAUAGGCUGCGGUUUUCGGCGACCUAAGGGGUGUUUUUGGUUUAGAAUCGGUCGGUGUUUAAUAAUUCACAAAGGCCUCGUUUGACUCAACAUUCAGGCGUGAUCAAGUCGUGCGGGCGUCAACCCAAAAGCUGGAAGAAAACAAAAGUUAUGCUAACAACUGCAGGUCUUAGUGGGCGUAUUCAAACCGGGAAUUGCACUCUGAGACGCAUAUCAUUAGUGCGAAUCGUGCACGACUUUGUCGUUUCUUUGGCAUCAUAACGUAACGGAACUCUGCCAAAUUAAAGAUGCUUUCCAUAGGUGCGACAGAUUGCUAAUCUGCCAGCCUGUUCAUUGUGUAUCUUCAAGACCCGUUGCUUAGGCUUUCAGAAAAUUUAUUUGGCAACUCUUCAAUUUCAAAAACAAGCCAUUAUCUAUAUCUGCUAAAACGAUCAAUGGUGUCUCCAAAAGACGGCGCAAUAUUAGUUUUCAUUUAAGGGUCAUGGCAACCGAGUGUAAUUUUCCCAAAUUAGCAAUUCCCCCCCUCGAUCAUUGAUUUACAUCUGAAAAGACAUGGUUUCAGUUUUAGAAAUGUUCUACUAAUCCUGUUAAUGUCUGUGAAAUUGUGGAAAAAAAUACCUCUAAACCGAUCCAAAAAAAAAAAAGGGGAGUGAGGUAAAUAUUCUGACUUUUAUAAAGUAUGCUCGAUAUAGAUCGAGUGUCAACCAACGUCAAGCUGUUGUCGGCAUAGAAAACACCUUCUAAACUUCCUGUUUUCAGAGCAUCAAAAUUUUUCAGUCUUUUAUCUUUCCUUUUCUCAAACGCCCUGAGUUAUUGUUUUUAUGACAAAUCUCAGUCUAGCAGUCCUGAUUAAAGACCAAAUGAGAGACACCUCGAUUUUGCUUAGCUUGACUUUGGAACUUGUUGUUGUUUUUUUUUUUUGGAUAAUUUUUGCUAAUACAACCUUAACAAUUUUGUUGAUAGCUCUCAUCCAAUUAUGACAUAAUCCGUUUUCUGAAGACAACUUUAUUUUGCAUUGAAAAACUGGCGUAAUUUCCGUUUGUGCAGGCUAAGUCUGUCAAUUAAACUUCAACUUUUAGGAUUCAAUGCCAAUAGAGGGAUUUAAACGAAAAUUUUGCUCACGUACGUAUUUGCCAAAGAAUGACUUAACCUUUCCUUUUUUUCCCGAAUCUGUUGCGAGACUUUAGUGGGUGCUGUAUUGCUAUCCAAAAAAAAAAAACGCUCUCCUUUCAUAAUUUCCAGCUCGCGGGGUUUUGUAUUAAGACUCGUGUUGCUCUCUCUAAGUUUUAUUUUCCAUGGAUACGAAUUAAAUUAAUAAUUACAAAGAGAAUAUAAACUGUCUAUAUUCUCUUGCAAUUACCAAUCUACAGCGCAUACCUCACGGUAUCUAAGUUACGAAAUAUAGAAUAAAGUUUGGUAAUUUCAGGGAGCGAUGCGAUGCGGUUUUUAGUUGGUGGCUGUAAAAAUAAUUUGAAAAAUGAUAACGACGUUAGUAUUGCGGUAAGCAUGUGAAAUUAUUUUUGCCUAGGGAUAGAGAAGUUUUACAGCGGAGUAAAGCAACGUAGUGACUGAUUUUAUUCUAAGACAUUUUUAGUGAAGUUACUUAUUUUCAAAUGAAAAUGCAACACGUUAAUUUUUAGAGGAAAGGAGGCAAAAAUAUCGCCCAUGGAUGAAACCGCUGAUGCAAUACUGUAAGACAAACUGUUGGGAAGAAAUACGCUCAGACCAAAUUGGCGAACAAAGUUAAUUUUAUGAUGUUAUGAUCAAUUUCGCAGACGGGAACAAACUGAACAGACUUUAGUGCCGCGAAACUUCAAGCAGACUUUUAAGAAUCUCUUCAAAGAGACAAUCCUUAUCUGUUUCUCGAUCAAGUUAAAUGACAUCGCUCUUGAAAAAUAUAUAUAUUUUUGUCCAGUUCUGAACUUUGAAUAACCGAUACAGAGUUUGACCAUUAACAUGUAAACAUUGGAUAAAAUUUCUGAGUUUGAAAUUUGUUUUCUUGUUUCUUUCUUUCUGCAGCCGUCCAACACGAGCGAGCCCCACGCUCCUCGCAGGUUGUCCCAGUUGUCCCCACGUGCUCAGUGCUCAGUGGUUCGUAUGAACAACCUCCUGCACACGCUAUCCCAGAACAGCUAUAUUCUUAUUCCAAAAGCAACCCGGGUGACAGAUCACAGCGCCGGGGCAGCCCUGAGCGAGAACUGGAAUCGAACAGAUUGAGCGACAUAUCACGCUUCUCGCCCCCAGUCCCUCAGUACCACGGCCAGAAUAACAACCAGUCACCAGACUCCUCCAAGAAGCGCAACUUUCUUUCCAUAGCAAGUCUGAUCGACACAAAAGACAACUCUGCGCAACCUUCAUCAAGUACUACUGACACUAUUCCUAAACACGAGAGUGAAGACCCCAGAGAAAGGUCACCACUUGUGUACCAGCCCUCCCCAGAGUCUGUAUACGAGUCGGCUGUGCAAUUAUUGUACAUGUCAGUCACUUGGGCAAGAAACAUACCAACAUUUUUGGAUCUUCCUUUCCGUGAUCAAGCAAUCUUGCUGGAGGAAGGAUGGAGUGAGCUUUUCGUUCUGAGCGCCGCCCAGUUCUCUUUACCCGUAGAUAUGGGGCCACUUCUGUCUGCAGCUGGUCUACAGGUAGAUAAAGCUCCCACAGAUAAAAUCGUGGCGGGAAUGGCGGACAUCCGUCUGUUACAAAAUGUGGUGGCGAGAUUCAAGCGGGUGGAGAUUGACUCUACUGAGUACGCGUGUUUGAAAGCCAUUGUUCUAUUCAAGCCAGGUAAGAGGGAAUUUUCAGCUUGAGAAUGUAGUUGAAAAUAGGAAUUAAUGAAAAGUUGGUGGUCAGUGUCUUGUUUUCCCUCCCACUCCUUCUUUUGUUGUCGAGGGAUUUUUUUUUUCCAUUUUGAUUUCUGUAAACGUGCGAAUUUUUUGCUCAUUGCUGCACAAACCUGUUUCUGUCAAGUCGCAGUAUUUCUCGGAUAUUGUUGUGCUGUUAUGGACGCUUUGAUAUUAUUACUUUCUUCACCUGGCGUCGAUUUAGCUAACAGACCAUGUGUUAUAGUUUUCUAUCGGAUGAUGGUUUAUGAAGUCAAAGACAAAACCAGCAAUCGCACAUAGAAAUAGAGAUUGAACAAUCAAGUGGUUUUAGUAUAAAUCUAGCUACUGUUAAAUAAAAAACUUAACAAUCUGUAAACAAGACAAGUUGAUCUUUUUCUUUUGUUCUGUUUCCAACCGCACACUGUUGAAUCAUUCACUGUUUACCACGGAAAAAAAUGGUGGCUGACCAGUAAAAUUGCGGCAUUUUGGUAGAACGCUGGUAGAUUUAUAAUAAAAAGCGAUUAAUUACCUUGCUCUGUGUAAAUUUUUCAUUGUAGACCUUCGUGGUCUCCGAGCACCUCACAUGGUUGAAAGACUUCAAGAUCAAGCACAAGCCAUGCUGGGAGAACAUUGCCGCAGCCAAAAUCCUGACCAGCAAGUGAGAUUCGGAAAGCUGUUGUUGAUGCUACCAUCAUUACGAUCAGUCAGUCCCAAGAUGAUAGAAGACUUGUUCUUCCGCGGAGCUCUUGAUAACGUACCCAUCGAGAGAAUGCUGUGUGAUAUGUUUAAAUCUAGCUAAGCUGAAUGGUAUGCUUUCGUGCAAAAUACAGUGCUUCUCGGUUUUCGUUAUAAAGAGGUACACGUUUUUCGUAAGAAAUGUUGAAUAAUAAUUAACUCAGUAGGCCUAGAUGAUAUCAGCUAUCAAUUUCAAAAGAGCGCAAGCUCCAACAAAGCACUCGUGUAGCGUGGACACCCUGUGCCGAGCGCGGGAUACGAGUGGUGCCUUUGCGCUAAGCGCGGGAAGCAAGGGGGCUAACUGUGCUAAGCGCAGGAAAUAGUUGACGUCAAUUCCAAAUUAGUUUAAAUCGAUUCAGUUGAAAUAUAAUUUAAUUUUAGGCCUCACGUUUGGUAAUAUUGCAAAGAAUCAAGUUAAAAAUUAAAAUAAGUCGAAAAUAACUGUAGUAUGUGCACAUGUAGAUAGUUACUUUAUUUGUAGUUUUCUGCAUGUUUCGGUACAUGUGUUGUUUUUAUGGGAUGGAAAAAGGUAAGCAUCGGUGUUUUUCCUUCGUCAUUUUCUACCAACUUUUCAGGUUUGAUAUCUCUAUUUGAAGGCUUUUAAAGCGACGUUUUUUGGAAUAGUCCAUGGUGUAAAAAUUUUUUUUGUCUUGAGUUCAAGUUUUAUUUCGUAAACAUUAGCUUUAAAGAUUCAUUGCCGAGAUAGCUCGCAAGCAUUCAGUAGAUUUAAAGCUCUGCGAAUGCGAACAAAUGCAAAUCAUCUCUUUACUGUUCAGCUGAAUUGUGGGGAUUUCCGACAAGAAAUGAGUUUCAUAAUGUUCCUAUCUAACGAUAUUCUGGAUGAAUUCCUUUGAAAUGAAAAGGAUAAACUAAAAGGAGAGUUUGUUAAGAUAAACGAAAACCAGAGUAAUAAAAGUAUAAAUAAAUAUGAAGAGUCACUUCGACUGAGAGCAGAACUUCGUAAACAUUUUGAUAGCAAAUGUUCACUUUGUAUCUGAAAAUUUUUUUUUAAACGUUUGGUUACGAAGUAUUUAUAGAAUAGCGAAAAUAUUUAGUAAACUUAUGUAUAUAAUGUAAAAAUUUGUAGCAUACAGUAUUUCAAAACAUUUAAGUGGAUGUAUCAAUUUUUUUUUUCAACUUGUCUUAUUCUAAGUAAUACAUUCUAUUAUUUUCGCCUGAUCAAAUGGAGCGAGUUUGUAAUAGGUGUAGUGAGACUGCGCGGUAAAGACUUCAGUCGAGUUUUUAAAUGUAUAUUCAUAAGCAUUUUUACUGCAAAUGGUUGCUAUGCCUAAUGAGAACCUGCAUUUGUAGCUCUGAACCUCCGUUUCCUUAGAUAAAGACAAGGGAAAAAGUAAAAGUCUUUUAUUGCUUUUUAAGGGUCCUUCAAGGAAUGACCCGGCUAAGGAAGAAGAGUGUCACAAGGCCUGAAAGCAACCUCGUACUCAGGCUCCUUCCGAAAAAAUGGAGGUCCAUAGCAACGAGGUUGUGCUAAGACAUUGAACCAAAAUUUAAAACGACACUUUUGAUUUUAUUUAAUCUUCUUUAUUCUCAGUUUUACUCGUUCCAUCUUAGUCUUUUGUUCCCGUUUGUGAUUUCCUGUCUCACCCAUAAUAUUUUAAUCUCGUCUUGAAGUUUAGGGAAGCUAUACAUAGGGCUAAAAAUAACUUGAAAUAUUAACACUUGGCCUCUUUAACUUCCAUGAUUAAAUUUAUCAAUUAGCUUAAAUAGCAUGCUACAAAUUACGCCUUAGACAAGUUUUAUCUGGCAAGGAAACACCAAACCUGGCCCAUUUUUAUUAGAUAUUUAAAUAAUCGAAAACCCGACGAAGUCUGUCGUUCGCAAAACGCAGUCUGCUCGCUUUUGUUUUUUUGUUUGUUUUUUUUUUACAUAUUUGUAAGUUUUUAGUUAGUCUGGUUAAGUUUAUCUUUUUUCAAUUCUUACUAAAUUGUAUUACAAGUAUAUUGCAUUUCAGCGACUAUUUUACGCAACAGCUUUAAACUGCUUUUAAUAACAAUUGAUAAAAAAAUCUUGUGCUUGUACAAAGGGAUUUUUCUUAAUGUAAAUAAUAGAUAUUUGCAGGAAAUAAGCACGACGUAAACGCUCGUGAUAAUAUUUAUUGCUGAAAUAAAAAUCACCAUAUCUUGCAACGUAGUUUGUUUUGAAUGCUAUUAAAUCGGUGGCGAUCGAUGUUCUUAAAGUUCAAAAAGCCCAUUCCGUUUUCAUUGCCGUGAGCUAAAUGUACCUUACGUUACAUCUUCUGAAUCAUGGUCUACCGGCGGUAUUCGUGAUAAAUAUCUAAAAGUUUUGCUCCAUGGCAAGAUCCUCCUCUUCAAAUUUUCCCCUAUCUUUAAAGAAGAUGAAAACGAAGUGUCCAUGUUACAAAAUCCUACUUGAAAUGAGCUUAACUUAGAGCAGUCAGACUAGCUGAAAAAAAAACGAAACAAAAACAAAAAAAAGAUAUGUUUGAGUGAUUUUUUUUAUUUAGCCGUAAAGUUGGCUUGUAACUUUGCAAAAAUCAUUUGAAUUCACAAUAAUCCUCGGAAAAGAUCGAGCGAGAGCUCUUUGCAUUAGGACGAAGGGUAAAAUCUGGUCGUCUUAAAUCUAACCUACGGUCUCAGAUGGUGGGAAAUAAAACUAAAACCAUCGCAAAAUGACAGAAAAUUGCGCAAAAUCUCCCCUAUCGAUAGACCCAAGUUUCGAGUUAAUGCCAGCGGAAUUUAAUGGCCGUGAGAGCCUGAAUUGAGUCCUGUCACCGGGGUGUCAAAAUGGCGGUCGGCCGAUCAAGGUUAUCGUUCUUAGCUUAUUUUUUACUAGUUUCAUUUUCCACCAUCAUAGAAGCACAAAAUGAGGACAGCGAUUUAGUCAAAGAGAUGGAAGCUGCCGAGAAAGAGAAGAAAUACAGUGAGAUCGACACGGCAUUCCUGCUUGUCAUGAUGUUUUUGUUGAUUAUCACCGUGUUAACUGUAUGGUUGUUUAAAGUAAAGCGUUUCCGCUUUCUGCACGAGACGGGAGUUUGUAUGAUAUACGGUGAGUUUCCUAUUAUAAGUUUGUUCAGUUGAUGAACUGGUUGGCAUUGCAAAGUAUUUGAACAGAGAUGCUGGCGAUGUGUGAGCUCUUGACAGAAGUGAAACCUUCGUCACCUGCACCGAUUGAUCAAGUCCGCUCACAACUGACCAACUGAUGUUUCAGAUAUCCGGCAUAUUGCCAAAACUUGCCUUCGAAACUGAUAAAUUUGUCUUCGUAGCUUGCAUGCAUUUCAAUGAAUGUUCAAUCCCCGUGGUAAGCUUUCAUUAAAUUUUUGUGGGAAAGGCUUCAACCCUUGCGUCUCAAAUUCUGCACUGAGUUGUCACCACCAAUCACCAAAAGCGCAGAAGACUUUACGAGGUGAAAAGAUCGCAUACAAACAAAUACAAAACAACAACAGCAAAAAAAAAUAGAGUUCAUUUUUCAAAUUUAGUGGUUAAAAAUAUACCAAGAAAUGCAAAUGUUUGGAGUAAUUUUCAGAAAAAAAUAUUUUCCUGAUAGAUUUAUUAAUAUACAUUGUAAAUAAUAAAAAUGCCAUAGAAACAAUACUUUUGAGAAUUUACCUGUUUAGGUCUGCUGUGUGCCGUUAAGCUUCCUAAGAAUAAAUACCCAGACAAAUUUUUCUUUUGAUGUUUUUUUUUUUUCACGUUUGGACUAAGUCACACAGGAUCUAGUUCUGAGAAUAGUCUGAAUGCAUUUAGACUUACUUGGAUUUCACAAAUAUUCCAAUGAGAAGAAAAGAAUCAUUUGUUCAAAUGAUUCAUAUUUACAGUGUUUUUGUACAUUAUGUCAUUCAAUUGGAAUAGAAGGGCAACUAAAAUUUAUAUAUAUCUUAACCCUUUCACUAUCAAGAUAUCUUUAUUUAUUCUCCUGUCUGCCAUCAUACUCACCAUGUUUGUUUAGAGAAUUUGGUAUUGGAUCAACUAAUCAUACCUUCAUUGAUAUUUUUCUUUAUUCUCAUCACUUGUCUGUUUGAUAUUGUAUUAAUGUUAUGGGGAGAAGUUCUGUCUUGGUCACUCAUGGGAGUUAAAGGGUUAAGCCCCAUUCAAAUGGUCAUGAUAAUUGAUGAUAGCUGAUGAUAGUUUCAACUUUCAUUCACUUUGCAUUCAAACAGUCCCUAAUAUGUGACGAUAGUUGAGAAAAUCAUGCCAUGAUGAGAUCGUGUAAUUGUAAACAAAUAUGGGGCAUGCUGAUAUCAGUAAUUUUGAUGGUAUUUAAAAUUUUAAUUAAGAAGUUGCAAUUUGAAGAUACAUGCACUGAAACCUUCCAGGAGAAGAUGAGAUUGAACCAUGAGACAUUCUGCAAAAUUUUUACCACUACUUUUGUCAUUUUAGCAUUUGCCAUUUAACCAAAAAACUUUCAUUCACUAUCAUCAAGAAUCAUGUUGAAUAUGAACUUAUCCAAAUUGCAUGAUACUCAAUGAUAGUUGAUGAUAGUGCUUGAUAGUUUGUGUUCAAACACACGUGACCAUUGAAACUAUCAUCAACUGUUUGUAUGGGGCUUAAUUGUUACCAUGGACUCCUUAAAGAUGAUUCUUAGAUUAUGAUUAUGUGGUGCAAAUCAAUAUCUAUGCCAAGUUGAAAAUAAGAGGGGGUCAGGGAUGCAAUCUGACCUAGACCUGACCUUCCCUUUUUGACCAAACUAAAAUCCCUUGCUUUUUCCACUGUGCCACCACUAAUUACUAAUAACUUCACACCUAUGCUCUGUUUUACUAACUGAAUGCCUGGAAAAGGCUAUGUUCCAAAGUUUGUUUUUACCAUUUCUGGAACAAAAUAGUUGGCAAAGAGAUUGCAAUGUUUUGGAAUAACAAGCCAAAUCUUUCUCAAAUAUGAUAAUUUGGUUUUAUUACCUGAGUUGAUGAUACGAAUUGACCACUGUAAAGAGUUUUUGAAGGUGGCAUUCAAGUAUCAGCCAUCUGUUAGAGCAUCAUUUUUAUUUUUCAGUCAUCCUGACAAAGGGCCGGUGCUCUAAACAUCAGGUUUAGAAACUUCUGUUAUGGUCAAUUUAGAUUAUUAACUUAGUUUAAUAAAACCAAAUUAUCUUGUCAUAAUUCCAAUUAUAAAAUGUUCAGAGAAAUGCGUGUGCUGUGAUUGGUCAGAACAAGCAUGCGCCUUACUUCACAUGAGUGCACUUUUUAGAUAUAAUGCAUGCAGCCUAUGUCAUUGGUAUGAGCUCGUGCAAUUCACAAUAACAAGAAGUGUGAGAAACACUCACCUUUGGCUCGUUCUUCUCUGCACUUCUCUCAAUGUUCUUUAAAAUUCCUGUGUGCUUAUAUAACUCAACAAUGCACUUGGUGCACUUUUUUAUAUCUUUGUCGAUGCAGCACCACAAUUUCUGAAACUUCCCUCUAGUAUUUUUUUCCCAAAGACCCAAACUUUCAUCCCCUGCCCCUCCUAUACAAUAUUGCACUUUAUUUUCAUUGAUCCCAAAACAGCAAGUUAAGGGAAGCAGGGGGGGUGGGGUGGUUGUAUAUUCAUUUCAAAUUUCACUUUUUAAUUCUUCCUUUAAAUUUGCAAGGUGCAUGAUGUGUUGACCACAGUUGGCAUGGAUUGGUUGAUGGGUAAAUUGUGCUAAGUUUUUGUUUUUUUCCCAGGUAUGAUAAUUGGUCUUCUCAUAAAAUAUUUAAGUAGAAAUAAGAGAGUGGAAGUUACUUACCCAAACUGUACCAUAAGUACUGCAAGAAAGAAGCUGUAUAUUAGCACUUCAAAUGGUUCACAGUAUUCAUAUACAUUGUCUGGAGCAGUGCAGAAUUCUGGUCAAGAAAGUGAACUGGAGCAGAUGGUAGGUACAAUGAAGAAUAUUUACAUGCUGAUGAUAAGCUAAUACAAGGUUUCUUACACACAUUUUUAUGUUUUUAAAGUGAUUCAGUUCAAAAAGUAAUAUGUUUGCAAUCUAAUUAGUAUUUUUUAAAAGCAAUGGUGCAUGAAAGUCUGUCCCAGGACAGAAAACAGGAAAACAACCUCAAAAGUUUUGAAACCUUGUAGCUAAACUUGGUAGAAUGAAACUGCAGGUCAUGUUAUGUAUGCACAUGCAUACAUAAGGAUUUUUACCAUCAUGGUAGCUCCUCAAGAAUUAGGUUAGACUUGCACAUGUGCUAUGUUGUAAUACUGUGUUGUGCUCACCUUGAAUCAAGCAAGUCUUUUCAUCAAGCUAACAACAGUUUAACGCAAAUCAAACUAGUUAGCUGCAAGUGUUUUAUAGUAAAAAAAAUUUAUACAUGUUGUGCUCCCAUGACAAACAGAGAGUACAGGUGAGAAAAAUAAGUCAGGGUAAAGGAACAAUGUAUUAACCCUUUUCACCCAAACAUCAGUAUAAAUAUUCUCCAUACUAUUCUCUGUACACUUCCUGAUGCGCUGACAAGGAGAAUUGUGUUAUCAAUCAAGAGCUUCUUUGGUUGGUGAUCAUUUCCUUUAUUCUCAUGACCUUAAUGUUGGAUUCAGGGGUAAAAUUGUAAGAAGAAAUUAAAUACUAAUCACUUUAAGAGGUCAAAGGGUUAGAUAACUGUUAUUAGAGUACAAAGCAUAACACGCCAAGCAGUAAAGAUCUCAGAAUUUUUGCUUAAUAUAUAAAUGAUCAUUUAGUAUCAGUAAAAAGUACUUUGUUGAUCAGAAAUGAGAGUUGAAAGCCUUUUGAGAUGUACAGUUUACAUUUUUCAACUUUUUUUCCUGCAGGCUGUUUUUGAUCCUGAAAUAUUUUUCUAUGUUCUACUGCCACCAAUUAUUUUCUAUGCUGGAUAUGACAUGAAAAAGGUGAUAACCAAGUGAACUUUUGUUAUAAUCUAAAUGUGUACUUCACAUAUUUCCUUUUACAUGAAUAUAAUUAAAAAAUAGUAUGAGAGCACACUGACAUCUCACUUAAGAAAAAUAAUUCAGAGCAAACAGAACAAGCCCCAUGACCUUCUUCUUGCUUGUAACACAUCAAGCACUUUGAACCUUAGAAACAAAUGGAGGUUUAGGCCCAUGGUCAAGACAAAAAACUGUUUCAAUAGUUUUAUCACGUUAAUGCCCUUAAAUCCUGUAAACUAUUUUACUUAAAUUUUAUAUUCAUUUUACAUGUUUUGUUUACAAACCUAACGGAUAUACAACAAAUUUUUCCCCACUAAACUUGCUGUAAACUACUAGUAGUUCUUGUUAUUAUUGAUAUUACCUUUGGUAAUAAUCGUAUUAUUCAAUUUGUUAGUUUCAGAGAAAUUAUAUGUAAACUUUUUAUUUAUUCAUCUCUCAUACCUUCUUGUAUAGAAUUAGUACUAUAUAGAUUUAUUUAUUAUUUUUAAUCUAUAAUACACUUUCAGCGCUUUUUCUUCCGGAACAUUGGUGCCAUCCUUACAUAUGCAUUUGUUGGAACAACUGUCUCGUGCAUGGUGUUUGGGUGAGUAGAUUUGGUACCUACUGUACACAGUGCUGUGCAACUCAAAGAUAAGGGGGUACUGAAGACUAGUAUGGUACCAUUCCCUCAUCUGAUGUGCAUGUGUUUGCAUGCAGACUGUUAUUAAAACAUGUUACGAUGAAGUGUAUGACUGUGCUAUUGUUGCUCAUUGUCAUGUAACUUUGCCUUGUGUGCCAUUGUGUCCAAUUGUGUCCCACAACUAAAGCGAUGGUAAUGUGAAAGGGCCAGUCCGCAAGCAUGAAAUUCAUAAAAUAAUUAUGAAAAUUGUUGUAUACAAAUUGUUGAAUAAAUGAGUGGGUUAAUUUGGAAUCUCUUAUACUUUUCUUUAAAGUUAUGAAAGGAAUGGCUUAUGAACAUUAAGCACUUGCUGGAACAGCACAACUCUAACUCUUUGUUUGAUGUCAUAAUGGUAUUAAACAGGAAUAGUGGCUGAUGAGGAAACAUACAUACACAUACAUUUACAUGUAAAUUAAGCAUGUAAAAGUUACAGAUAUGAUGAUGGCUAAGAAUUCUUUUCCUAAACUGCAUGGCUGAUUAGCAUUUUUGGACUUGUUAUGAUUUCAUAUUGAUACUAUUAUAAUAAUACUUAAUAUGCUUUUUGUUGUUUGUUUUUCUAAUAAUAUGAUAAUGCUUCUGAUAUGCUUAUAGUACUAAUGAUAUUAACCCUUGAAAACAGUCAUCUCUCUCAAUUCAGAAGGAAAAGUAUGAUUGUUGGAAAGGAAAAUAGUAAAUUAAAUUGUGUGCAUUUUGAUUAAGUGAUGUGAAAUUAAAACAAUGUUAUUGCAACAGCCAAUCAUAGGGAAGGAAUAUAUCACAAAAAGCCAAUGAGAAUGUUAAGGAAAGACAAGUUGCAAUUUGUUUUAAAAUUGAGUUUGAUUGGCUGAGAGGUUGGUACAACCUUUUUAUGUCAAUCACUGACUAAAGUAAAGCAAAUCCAAAGAAAUCCUGGAUAAAUAAAGAAACUUGCUUUUGAAGUUUAAGAAAUUAUUUUAAUAUACUUUUACAAUACUUCCUUACAAUACUUCUUGCCAGCUGUUGUGUAUUGAAUUUGUACUGUCUGUUAAACAGGGGGACAAUGUAUGCCUACACAAAGUUCGAUUCUCGUCAUGUACCCAAAGAAUUUGGUUUCCUGGAAUGCCUCUUAUUUGGAGCUCUGAUAUCAGCCACAGAUCCAGGUUUGUUGGUUUGAACUACUCAGAGACAAACUGGCUGGUCAAGGCAACACCAACCUAAUGAGCAAGGAGCAAAAUUUUCACUUGUAUUACAGUGCACCAGUAAAUAACAGAUUAAAAAUUCAACUAUUAUUUCAUAUUCAUAGUAUUUUAGCUUUUAGUUUGCAAAAUGCUCCUACACCCUUAUCUGGGCAUCUCAUUGUUUGCAUAAGGCAUAUGUGAAAGAGGAAAGCAACACAAAGGAAACCAUCUAAGUGUUCUUUGUGACCAUCAACAAAAUCUGAUAGACUUAAAAGCUUGUUUCUUACAAAGUUAAGCCUAAAAGGCCAAAAAAAAUUCAAAGUUUGAAUCAAGCAGCCAGCCAUUUUUUUGCACCUGUUUCAGUAAGUGUAAUACUGUAGCAUAGCUUGUGUGUUUGGAUGCCCUUAUAUGGUAAAUUAUCGUAGUUCCACCAAACAGUUCUGGUGUAUAUGGUUUUAUGAGUUGCACAGUAAGUACACUGUGUCCUAUUUUCAUAAAAAGUUAACUGCUUAAUCCCUAGCCUGCUGAAUAUUCCAUGUCAAUUUAUCUUUCUAUGCGAUUAUAGAAUUCAUUUGAUCAAAAUGUUCACUGCAUGAAUUUAUUACUGUUUAUUUGCUCUUAACUCCCAAUAACCUGAACUUACCAUCACCAUCUCAAACAUUUUCAGUUUCUCUUUAAGUUUCAAAUUAUUGGGAGGCAACUCUACUCCAUCAAUAGUUGUGAAAAGUUGCUCUUUUCCAUUACCCCUCUCAGAGUUUAUUCUCUUGUUUGCACCUUUUGUACAGUAGAUCCAUCAUAAACUCAAACGUAAUAUUACUGUGAUUUUUUUUUCAGUAACAGUGCUGGCCAUUUUUCAUGACCUGCAUGUGGAUGUGGAUCUGUAUGCUUUGGUAUUUGGUGAAAGUGUCAUGAAUGAUGCUGUGGCAAUUGUUCUCUUCAGGUAGGAAGUAGUGUGGGUGAGAAUUUGGAUUAGAUAUUUAUUGUAACUAAUAGAAUUGUUUGUUGUGUCAAGAGCACAGCACAGUUGAUGAAGCAGUAUUAGCUCACUUUUGGCAAACAAGGAAACUACUAUAAUAAUAUGUGGUUUCUUAAUGAUCCAAAAAACAAAUCAAAUACAAUACUUGUGACAGCUCUUGUGGUAGAAAGAUACAUUAUACAGCAACUGUAAAGAGUAUGUGGAAUACAGAUAUUGCCAUCUCAAUUCUUACAACAUGUGUGAAGGUAUUUUUGGUUGUGAAGUUGAGUAUUUCAAGGCAAUUUGACCAAGAAACAAUGUACAGGAAGACUUAUUGAGCCACCUCCUGAGUUGUCCACUGUUAAAUCAUUAUUUAUUUAUUUAUUAUUUAAUUAUAUUUGAGUGUGAAUUAAAACUCUACCUGUCUCCACCCAAAGAAUUGUUUUUGAGAGGAAGUGCACCUGACACAUACCUAUAUUUUCAUGCCAUGUCAGGCAUGAAGUGUAGGAAGAAAAAACGAGACAUGAUUGAAUGAAGUCCGCAAAAUGGUCUGACAUAGUACAAAUUGGCAAAUGGCGUGACUGAGCUUAAGCUCAGUUCUGUGUUUUGUACUACCACUGGUAGAGCAUGCUCUUUCAACCAAUGACAGCGUGCAUUAUAUCCGAACUUUUUUUAUAAAUGAAUUUAAUCAAAAUUAGAAGUCUCAAUUGUUCUUCAAUGUUGCUUGUCUUUUCAGAUCUGUAGAGACGUAUCUGUUAGACAACGCAGGCACUGGAUUUCAAGUUGACAAGUUCUUUGAGUCAGUGGGUGUUUUCAUUGGUGUUUUCUCGGGUUCUUUCUUUCUCGGUUUUGCUAUGGGUCUUGUUACUGCUCUUGUAUCCUUUCAAAAGUUUAUUUAACAUUAUUAUAAACAAUGGAGGAUAAAAUCUUGGGACACUUACGGAAUCUUACAAAAAUAAAAUACAUCCCUUUCCCCCCCCCCUCAAAAAAAAAAGAUGAAUUUUGUGUGCUUUGUAAAUUUUACCGAGAUGUGGUGACAAUUUUUUUUGAGGGGGGGGGAGGUGGUGGGAAGUUUUUGUUCAUAUGCCUGAAUUGGCAAAAAGUGGUGUUUUGUAAUAUAUUUGGAUAUAGAAUUUGUUGUCAAUAUCUGUCCCAUGGAGGUUUGAUGUUCGUUAUGAACAUUUUGUGGUUUUAGACCCUUAACAUCACAACAAAAACAGGUGACAAAACUCACCAAAAUCUCAGACUUUCCUCUCUUAGAGACGGCUUUGUUCUUCCUACUGUCAUGGACCACAUUUCUCAUGGCAGAGGCAGCCAAUCUAACAGGUAAGUGUCUAAAAGUUCACGGAAUACCAAAGUAAUGGAGAAAACCUUAUUAUCACAUAAACUGCGGUGUCAUACAGGAAUUUCCGGCCCUGGGAAAAGCCGGAACAACACACGUGAAAAAAUAUCGAAUUUUUUUUUUUUACGUGUGUUGAUAUAGCCAAUCAGCUGCUGACACGUCUCACGCCUUUGGCGCCACUCGGUCAGUUUGAUGAAUGAACGGCAAAGCCUUCACGAUUCACGAGAGAUGCUAUGUAAUAUCCUCUAUUUAUUACAUAAACUGCGGUGUUAUAUAGGGUUUUCUGGCCUUGAGAAAAGCCGUAACAACACACGUGAAAAAAAUAGAUAUUUUUUCACGUGUGUUGAUAUAGCCAAUCAGCUGCAGACACGUCACUCGCCUUUGGCGCCACUUGGUCAGGUUGAUGAAUGAACAGCAAAGCCUUCACGAUUCCCAAUACAAGUUGUUUAUCGGAGCUUUCUCGAAUUAUGGCGGCUAGAACACUAUAAAAUCUGUAUCGCUGACAGACAAUAAGGUUCAAACUUUUCUAGAAGGAGAAGAAAACCAAUAAACUGAGAGAAAAACCGAAAGUUACGUAUUCAGUGGCUUUGGUGUUAGCAUCUCUCUCAGCUGAGAAUGAAAAUCGACAACUGGAAGAUUUGCCACUAGCCAAUUUUGGCCGUUUACCUGAAAGACUUCUUCUGUCGGUAAGGACAAAGUCAAUAAAUGAGAAUUUUGUAAAUUGAAAAUUACGACCAUUGUUGUUUUUGUAAUCAUGAUUCAACGCAUUUUUCCAUCUUAAGAGUUAGCGCUAACGCACUCUACGAUUGUUAUUCGGGGAUUGUCGAUUCAUUUAUUUUCAUUCAUUGAUGAAAUCGGCUUUUCUUCUCAGUAAAAGGCUCGUGUUCAACUCGCUGCGCUUACUCGUGAGCUAUCGAGUUAAACACUCGAAGAGAAAUUCCAUAUCUACGCGCGCCCAUGUAUUAUUCUCUAUUUAUCUAGGUAAUCACGAUGAAAAUAAUGUUGGGAAUGUAGUAAAUAAAGAAAGCACUGGCUAGUAAUUCUGCAUAGUUAUCUUUAUUACCAUAAAUUUGAGAAUUAUUACUUCUCAUUUAUUAACAUGCAAAAAGACACCUGAUGGAUUAAUAUAAUUGUAAUCAUUGCAAUUUCCGAAUUGGGCUCCACUCAGUCCCAUCACCAUCACUAAUUUAAAAAAAAAAUUAAUUAUAGUAAUGAUAGUAAUGAGAACACUCAUGAUAAUGAUAAUAAUAUUAAUAUUAUUGUAAAUAGUAAUUGUUAUUGCUAUUCUUAUCUUUUAUGUGGAUAUUUUAUGUGUAUUAUUAUUAUCAUCAUUACCAUUACUGUUAUAAUUUUUAUGUGUAUUGUUGUUGAAACCGUAAAAUCAUUUUCAUGCUGUUUCUCUCCAGGCAUUGUUGCAGUUCUUUUCUGCGGAAUUUCUCAAGCUCAUUACACAUAUAACAAUUUAUCAGAAGAGUCAAAACAGAACACAAAACAGGUACUGUACUUCUAAUAACUUUGGCUUGUCAUUUACAUGUGUACUGUACUUAUCCUCAAAACAUAUUUUUUAUAUAUUUUUUUGUUAAGCUUCAGGAAAAUCAUACACUUCAUGAUACUACGGGGAAAGUAAUUUCCGAGCCCGAAAGGGGCUAGGAGAAGUAGCGGCGGUGAACUAAAUGUUCGCUCGCAUUAUGUGAUUAUUUCACUAUUUAUUCACCAUUUAGCACUUUGAUUUUAGUUUUGCGAAAUACGCCCUACCGCCUUAUCUUUGCAUCAUAUCGAUCGCAUAAGGAGUAUACAAAGGACGAAAACAACACGAAAGAAAUCACUACUGUGUUUUUUUGGGACCAAAAAAAGAUCUAUAUCGCGCUUAAGAUUUCGUUUGUUUCAACAUGAAACCUAAAAACGAAAAACAAAUCAAAGUUUUACGUCGUUCAUUACGGUCACUCUGUUGCUCCGUAGUUUUACCCUGUUCUGUAGUGUAAUACUUUGGAAUAAUAGUUUUCUUACAGCUCUUUCUACCGAAAAUUACAAAGCUAACCUUGAUAUGUUUUCCAACGUUUCUUUGCAGACGUUUGCACUCUUAAAUUUUCUAGCGGAGAGUUUUAUAUUUUCAUACAUGGGGUUAUCUCUCUUCACCUUUCAACAUCACCAGUGGAAUAUUGGAUUUAUAUCAUGGACAUUUGUAUCUUUUUUUAUUAAAUUGGAAUGGUUACUUGGAAAGUAACACCUUAACAAAUAACUUCUCAUCGUUCGAAAAUGACGUUUAAUGAACAGAAGAAUUUUUACGGGGCUGUGUUAUUGUUUCUGGUUCUGGAAAAAAAUUAAACGAUAGCUCCCAUGUGAAUCUGUACAGAAAACAUUUUUAAACUGUCAACUUUUUAAAUAAAUUGUUUGUUUUUCUAUUUUAUUAUUACUUUUUAACGUUUAAGAUUUGUGAUACCGUGAAUAAUUUGCACAAACGGACUUAAUUUAUGCAGAGCUAGUUGUUGUGGAGCGGUAAAAAUUCGGAGACUAAAGCAACGGUGCUAGUUUAUGUUGACAGCUCCACGAGAGAGCACAAUCUUUUGUUUCUGUGUUCACUUUUUGUAUUAUAGUUAGUUCAUCAGAAGUUUAAUUGGUCAAUUAGUUUAAAAGAAUCGUGAAGCUAAUGAAUGUUGUGCACCGCAAAGGUACCAGCAAAAGCAUUCAACAAAGACAAUUUCUCGGUUUUCCCUCCUCGCUAUUGUUCAUCAAUUGAUACAGUUUGUUAACGAUUAACAUACCUAAGCAAGAGCCCGCUUGGGUUAUGCUGUAAUGAUAUUUUACUGAUUGAACGUUCCUUAGCCAAUCAUUGGUUAUUGAUUCUUAACUGUUUGAUGUACAGGUUGCCAUGACUUUAGGAAGGCUUUUAAACGUUUAUCCAUUGUCGUUUUUACUUAAUUUGGGAAGGCACAGAAAGAUUAGUUAUCAAUUUCAGCAUAUGAUGGUGUUUGCAGGUGAAUAAUCUGAAAGUUGUUUUUUCAAGGAAAAGAAUGUAGAACUUGCGUAUCGUUAUUGAUGACGAUCAGUGCUCUAAGUGAGUGCAAUUCUGUCUGACAUUAUACGAGUGAUUAACAAAAUUGUACAACAGCGAAACGAGAGUCCAAUUUGGUAACUCCGUAAAUGAGUACAUAUAGAAUUGGAAGACACAAAAUGCUUUUCGAAAUUAAUCGAUAGAGUAAGAGCAUUCCCCCUUUUCGGCGAAGUGCGUCGCACGAUUAAAAAAAAAAAUUGAUGUCAGCGCGUUCCGAGAGCUUUACAAAAAUCAAAAAUUGUGAUACACACCGUGGGUUAAACCUCUUCUACUAAUGAAAACACAACACAAGAUAAUGAACUGGUGUGGAGUUCGUGUUGUUAAACGGCCGAUUUUUUUUUUCAACUAAAAAUGGUGGUAAAACUGAAUGAAGUGUACUCAGGGAGAACUCAGGGGAGUAAUUCCAAAUCGCCCAAGGGUGAGGCUGUAACUUUUUUUUUUAGAGUAACAGACUCAACUGCAAUUACCGUGGGCAUCUUAUUGAGUCGAGUUAUGCCUGUUCAUUCAGGCUUUGACGAGGAGAUAAGUGCUCUUUUUUUACUUACAAACCUCCAUAAAUGUAGCAGUGUAAUUUUACACCUUUUAUCCGUUCAAUGAAGGUUUGCGAGGUGCCGUUGCAUUCGCUUUGGCCAUGCGCAACACGGAAUCAGUUUCUCGUCAGAUGAUGUUGACGUCAGUACUAAUUGUGGUUUUAGUAACUGUUAUUUUCAAUGGAGGUGCUACCAUGUCGGUACUCUCAUUUUUGAGGAUAAGGUAGGAUACUGUUUUAAACAUAAAGCAACUAAAAUCCAUUUGCAGACAUGUCCAUUUACAGGAAUUUGUCAAAGUUCUUUUGAAAUCACCUCUGACUGUUGCAAUCUAAUUUGAUCCCAGAGUUCCAAAUAAUUCGCUAGUCACUCCUAUAAAUAGCUUCACUUUUUCUAAAGGAAAAUAUUUAUUUGUUAAAAGAAUUAAGUAUUUUUUUCUUACGACGGAAUCAAAGUAUACGUAGUACGUUCUUAAGUGGGUUCUGUUGCUUUUGAAUCCAAUUUUUAAAGUGAACAUGUUCCAUUUGUUUUUCAGGGUUGGCGUAGAUCCUGAAGAAGAAGAUAAGCGGUCUACCUAUGUUUCGGUCAGCACUGUAGGUUCUUUCCGUAUUAGUGUUCAAACUUUCUUGCCUUUUUCGGGGCAACCGUGUUUAAUUAACUUGAAGACCACACCAAUAGAUACUAGAGUCGGGUCUUCUUUGCUUUGUGGAGCGUGGCCAUGAAUCCUUUUCUUCCUGAAUUUUGCUUUUAUCUAUCUCUGUUAUUACCACUUCCGCCAUCUACUAGCAAAGUUAGCCAUCACUUUCUUUUGCCUCAAGUCGUCAAAUGUGCUUUAUUAUUUUUCUUGUUUCGCCGGGUAUGUUGAGUCUCACAGUUGUGCCAGUUUUACGCAUGACUCUCUCCUCUGGCCUCAAAUGAUUGUUUCAUCUACACUCUGCAAACGGCCAUUACCGUCGAUUGCAUCUAUCCUUCUACGCACAUGUUCUGUUGGCGUAGCCAACUUCAAUGUUUUGACAGCAUUGCCUCCCACUUGAGAGGGUUUUCACGCUUGCUGAUAAUGAUCGGAAAUGGCAGUUGCAUCAAACAAGGCCAAAAUAUGUACUUGAACUUCUGCCUUGUUUGUCUUUUUUUUUAUUUGUUUGUUUGUAUGAUCAACCACCGACUUACGAAAUCAAGAAAUUAAAUCUCGCACAGCUAGAUAACAACAAGGAACACAACAUUACCUAACGCUCAAAUCACAGUUUCCGUGGAAAUAUAUUUGCGUACAUUCUCUCGACCUCUUGGUACACACUUUGAACUUUUGCUGUCAAAACGUUGAAGUUUGAUAGGCCAACACAACAUGUUGUCAUCGCGUGCGUGGAAAGGUAGACACAAACAACGGUACCUGUAGAAAGAGGAGUUAAGUUAGGCAUUAAAGAAUUAACCAAACACACAAAAUAUAGAAGGUUGUUGCCCGUUCUUUUUAAUUUGAUGAAAUCAUACUGUCGAGUCUCCUUGAUUACUUUUCUGUGUUUAGUGCUUUUAUUUUGAUUGGUAUUAUUAUUAUCCAAGUUUGUUUGUGAACAAAACAAGUUCUUUUCGUUUAGUUUGUACUUGUCAAUUAUUAUGUUACCAUCUUUUUUUUUUUUUUUUUUUUUUCAUGUUCAAAUAAUGUAGGAAGCCGACGACAAUCUCAGAUCUGCGCAGUCUCAUUACGAAAGAGCUUGGAUCUUUAGAAAGUGGUACGACUUUGAUGUCAAAUAUCCUUUUGUGAAAGAGUUGUGUUACUUGCGUUGCAUUUUAAUUGUGCUUUUGUAAAGCGAGAUUGAUGCUGUUGUAUGCAGCAAAGUGUACUGUGCAUGUCAGAAACUUUUUAUUGAAACAGCUCAGCAGAUUAAACUCGUUUGUUUUCAUUGGUAUGGAGGUUUCGCCCAUUUCAAGUUUGCCCUUUACCUUCUUUGAGAGUACGCCCCUGUAACAAAGCAGGUUCGCCCCCCACCUAUACCAGUUUUAUGUCAUGAAUGGAACUGUUAGCGAGGUUAUUCUUUCGCCCAUUUCAACAACGCCUUCUACCAUUUUAGAGAGUUCGCCCCUGAAGCAAAGCAGGUUCGCCCAACCUAUACCAGUUUCAUGUCAUGGAUGGAACUAUAGGGGAGAUUAUUCAAUACCGACCAAUUUAGUUCUGGAAUGAUUAGGUGUUUUGAGUGGAUAAUCGCUAUUUACUUUCUUAUCGGGUUUACUUUAGUUUUUAUCCCAUAAACUUGGUGAAAAGGUCUUAACAUAGUUAAACAGGUCAUAUUGUUACUUCCAGAAUGAAGUCAAGAUUCCUGAUUUGUUGGUAAAUGUGGUAAUUAGCCUUUUGGAGCAGUUCGCCUAGACAAACAGCAUGAAUGGGUAUUUUAACGAAACUUUUAGGGUUUUUAUCAUUAAAAAAGGGUGAUUAGAAAGUUAGGGUUCGUUCGUUGUAGGGCCAUUGCGUUGGCUCAGUUUUAGUCGAAGCGCGAAGAUAAGUUCGACACGAGAAGUGUUGCUAUUGUACUUUGAUUACAAGUUUAUCCAGCCUCCGACAAACGAAAGAGAAUGGAAAGAAGGAAUAAACUCUCUUCCCUUCCUUCGCGCAGAACAGAGCACGUUGCAUUGGAGGUCAAUUUAUUGGUGAAGGGUAAAUGUUGUGAAAACGAGACUUACUUUCAUUUCCUUGACAAACUUUACGUAUAUGAAACCUAUUUUUACCAACUAUGGCCAGCCUCUGACAGAGACUUUACCGGGAUGGUGCGGUCCUCUUGCAAGAUUCCUCUCAAGAUCGCGGCCUGAUGCAAAGGUACUGUUUCAAAUUUAAGCGGAAGGUUUUUCUAGAUAAAUGAACGUCUAAUCGUUUUUCUCAUGGUGUAAGAGUCAGGCUAAUCAAUCGUGUGUUGAUCGCGACGUUAAGACUGCUACACUGCUAGUUUUUGUCAGGCGACGAGGUUGGUAGUUUACAUUUUGCUCUUUAUAGUAUCUUACCUUGUUAUUUUGUUAUCGCUGUGUCACAGCGCGCUCUCAUUGGUGCAUUUCGAUCAUCAGUGUCAUUCCGUCUAUUAGAUGUUUGUCCCUCAUAGUUGGGUUUUGUCUCUGAUUGGCUGUCAUGGUUUUUGAUAGUUCGCAUCCAUGUUUCAGGGAUUUCGAUUCCGUUAUCCCUACUCUUUUUGUAAGGAUAAAGCCUUAUGUGAUAGGCUUCUUUAACCCUUCCUGUGUGCCAGGGAAAGUCAUGAUCAAUAAACCGAACCUGGUCCUUAACAGGAACAUGUCCUGUUUCAAUGUCGUGUUCCGAAAUCGCCGAAUUCUGAGCGCGAGCUGGUGCUAUAUCUCUUUCAUGUUUUUUAAUUCUAUCUGUCAUCGCAACGGAAGUGGAAAAUGUUCAAAACGGGAAGAUAAAAUUGAAUAUGGUGUGUCCCUGCAAAUGUUUUGCAUUAUUUUGUAUAUUAACGUUCAUCCAUAUAAACUGCCAUUUAACAACCGUAAGUAGGCAACUCUUGGUGUGGACCCCAGCUUUUACGGGUCUUGUUUCAAUGUAGGCAGAAACCGUGGUAACAGAUAGCGACGAAGACAUGCUGAAUAUAAAUGGAGAACUGAGUUUUACCAGCGAAGUUAUGGUCAGACCCGCCAGCGGCAGUGUGAACAGUGGUGAGCCGCCUGAUCAGAUAAUGGAAGGAGACCUUGGAUUAGGUGCUGUGCAAAUGACAAGCAGAGCAUGAAUCAUUUUUAUUAAACCAAAGGUUCCUGUAAGUAUUUAACUACCAUAACGACAGCCAAGAUCCAGCCUCAGAUAAGUGCUUAUCUGUUAGUUCAGAAGUUAAAAUUAAACCUUCUCGCUCUGGUGAACCAGGAUCACGUCUAGGAGAAAAAAAAUAGUUUUUUCCUUCCAUUAAAAGUGGAAUUGCUUCUGGCAUUGUCAGGUAUGGAGGCCUCGGUUAUUCAGCUACUUCAUGAAAAAACUACCCUAUGAAAAUUUCGGGAACCUAUAUCGUGCAUCCCAGAUUCUAAUUCUAGCCCUCUAUGUAGUCGUCAAGGUAGUCGUCACACUUCUCAGUUACAAGCAAACUCUUUUUUUUAAUCAUGCAUUUCGUAUCGAUUUCUAGUUUCUUGGUCUGGUCAGGUAGUUGUCACAGGAUGUCGACUUAAAGGAGAGCUUAAAAACUGUCUCUUUUACAGUGAAAAGCGCUGAUUGUAAGCUAACUGUCUUUGAUUGUUAAAUUGUAAGUAGUGAGAGUGUUUGGGAUACGUGCUUUGGCCAAUUAAGGUCAAUUUAUUGGUUCGGUCUUAUGUAAUCUUGUAGAAGUUUAAAGUAUUUCGCUCCUCGUGAUUGGUGUUAUACUGUCAUUGACUUUUUUACACUCUGAUUGCAAUUUUUCUACCCCUUUAAUGAAUGUACAAUUUUGAAAUAGUCUUUCCCCUCGUAACACUAUAUUCGAGAGGAAUAAUUUCUUGAUGGUUUCAAACAUCUUAAGUUCAAAGCCGCGUGAGAAGUGGAAUUUUUUGCAAAGUUAGUUUGCUAAUCUGCUAUAACUAGAUUUAAUUUCAAUUAUAUUGAUGAAUAGUUAAUUUUUGAAAUUCACAAAAAUUACUUAAAAAGGCGAUAUUCGUUAUAUGAGGCACACUUCAAGUUUAAACGGAAAAUGAUUACUCGACAUUCUGUUUUAACCGAUGGACGUGAGCCGACAAAAUUAGGAUAGGCUCCUAGAACUUAUUUUACUGAUUGUUCUUGUUGAGAUUAGUUUGUCAAUUUUCUUCUGACUCAUGCCUAAAGCUAUUGCACGUAAGUACUUUUCCUUAUAAUAAGUAUUACUCUUUAAACUUUGCAAGCUUUUCAUUUCUAAUUUUCUACCUGUUCGUAGUGUAAUCGGUCACAGGUGUUUUCCUUCAAAUAAAGCGA